AGGCUGCUGUAAGUAACUGCCAGCCCAUGAGCUUCCUGUAGAGACACUACCUGCAAAGCCCUCGUAACAGUCAACUUCUUGCCACCCCCAAGCUGACAGCCUCACCAGGGGGAGGAGGGACCCCUUCAUUGGAGAACUGACAGCAGAAUCCUGGUAGAGGAGCCAUCAAGAGUCCUGGGGAGUGGGUAAUGAUUAUGAGACACCAUGGACACUGCUAUGUGUGUUUGCUCUCCAUGCUGUACAUGGCAAAGAUGUUGUCCUCGGUUAUGCUCCUGUCUGUGCUGCAAGUUCAUCUUCACCUCCGAGAGGAAUUGCACCUGCUUCCCCUGCCCUUACAAGGAUGAGAGGAACUGCCAGUUCUGCCACUGCACCUGUGCUGACAACCCCAACUGCCACUGGUGCUGCUGCUCCUGGGCCAAUGAUCCCAACUGUAAGUACUGCUGCACAGCCAGCAGUAAUGUCAAGUUCUACUACUAUGAGAGCCACUGCUGCCGCAAUACCACCAUCACGUUCCGCAAGGGCCGCCUCAAAAGCAUUCGCACCUCCUCCAAGACCGCCCUGCGCGUGGGGAGCAGCGACACCCAGGUGGAUGAGCUGAAGUCGAUGCCGGCGAGCAGCCAGCUGGUGGACCACCUCACCUGCCCCAUGUGCAACCGGCUGCGCCUGCACUCGUUCAUGCUGCCCUGCCACCACAGCCUGUGCGAGAAGUGCCUGCGCAAGCUGCAGAAGCGCGCCGAGGUCACCGAGAACUUCUUCAUCCUCAUCUGCCCGGUGUGCAACCGCUCGCACUGCAUGCCCUACAGCAACAAGAUGCAGCUGCCCGAGAACUACCUGCGCGGGCGCCUCACCAAGCGCUACAUGCAGCAGCACGGCUACCUCAAGUGGCGCUUCGACCGCUCCUCCGGGCCCAUCCUCUGCCAGGUGUGCCGCAGCCGGCGCGUGGCCUACAAACGCUGCAUCACCUGCCGCCUCAACCUGUGCAACGACUGCCUCAAGGCCUUCCACACGGACGUGACCAUGCAGGACCACGUCUUCGUGGACACCAGCCCCGAGGACCAGGACGAGAAGAUCUGCAUUCACCACCCGUCCAGCCGCAUCAUCGAGUACUGCCGCAGCGACGACGAGCUGCUCUGUACCUUCUGCAAGUUCGCCUUCCACAGCGGCCACGACACCGUCAGCCUCAUCGACGCCUGCUCCGAGAGGGCGGCCGCGCUCUUCAGCGCCAUUGCCAAGUUCAAAGCAGUCCGAUAUGAAAUUGAUAAUGACCUGAUGGAAUUCAACAUUUUAAAGAACAACUUCAAAGCUGGCAAGGAGGCAAAGCGAAAGGAGAUCAGAAAUGGCUUUCUCAAGUUGCGCAGCAUCCUACACGAGAAGGAGAAAACCAUCAUGGAGCAGAUAGAGAAUCUAGAAGUGUCCAGGCAGAAGGAGAUUGAAAAGUAUGUUUACGUGACAACCAUGAAAGUGAAUGAGAUGGAUGGUCUGAUCGCCUACUCCAAGGAAGCCCUGAAGGAGACUGGCCAAGUGGCGUUCCUGCAGUCUGCCAAGAUCCUUGUGGACCAGAUCGAGGACGGCAUUCUGAGUACUUACAGGCCUGACCCACAGCUCCGGCUGCACUCAGUUAAUUGCAUGCCCUUGGACUUUGCAGAGCUCUCUAAUGCCAUCCAGGAGCUCUUUCCCACGGGACCCAAGAAGGUGAACUCCUCGGGGGACUCGCUGCCCUCCCCCUAUCCCAUGCACUCGGAAACGAUGAUUGCCAGGAAGGUCACUUUCAGCACCCACAGCUUCGGCAACCGGCAGAUAUACCAGCGAAGCUCCUCCUUGUUGUCCUUCAACACUGGCGAGAAGGCCAAGAUGAGUCUGGAGGCUGGUCGGAGACCCCAGUCAGCCUCACCCGCCCAAACCACAGAUGGCUUCUACACCUACUGGAAUGCUACGGCGGACAGCCAGCCUGCACAGAACAGCAGCAGCUUCCACAACUGGUACUCGUUCAAUGACAGCUCUGUGAAGACCCCAGGCCCGAUUGUUAUCUACCAGACUCUGGUGUACCCAAGAGCUGCCAAGGUUUACUGGACAUGCCCAACAGAAGAUGUGGACUCUUUUGAGGUGGAGUUCUAUGAAAUCAAUACUUCCUCACCUAACAACGUACAAACGGAGCUCUGUGGACAAAUCCAGGACAUAAUGCAGCAGAAUUUGGAGCUGCACAACCUGACCCCCAACACCGAAUAUCUGUUUAAAGUUAGAGCCAUCAAUGACAAUGGUCCUGGGCAAUGGAGUGACAUCUGCAAGGUGGUAACACCAGACGGGCGUGGGAAGAACCGAGCUAAGUGGGGCCUGCUGAAGAAUAUCCAGUCUGCCCUCCAGAAGCGCUUCUGAGCCCCCUCAGAGCAUGCAGCAAUCUCAGAGACACACCACAAAAAAAAACAUAUAUAUACACACAUAUGUGUAUAUAUUUUUUUCUUGACACAUUCUUCAAGGCGGUUAUAGAUGACUGUCUCAAAGAACUCUGAGUUCUUCAACAAGAAUUUCUAAGAGUUAAUAAAAGGAAAUACCU